ACCAAAACCAACAUUGCCUUCAGCUUAUACACACCUUUUGCGCUGAUUAUUAUCGCACAUCGACAUCCACACGCGACACUACCGUCGACAAUACGACACAACCAUGGCCUACCCUCCACCAGUGAGGCCCAUGACGAGAGACCGUCAACGGGUCGGGCGGACCAGCUCCCCUGAACGACGCCAGUUCAGAACACCUCCUCGACUCUCAAGGAGGAGCUUUUCGAAUCUGUCCGAGAUAUCCAUGGCCUCCAACCAACCCACAAUCGGUGCCGGUUCAGAUGCCGGGUCGACUUCCCGGGAGGAACUGAAGGAGGCACCGACUCCACCGCCCGUAAAGAGGCCGGCCUUCUACUACCCAGCCGCAAGGCUAACCAACUCGCGGCGGACAUACACCAUCCGGAAGAGGUCUCAGUCACAAGGGGUCUCGACCGAUUCCCUCCCGCGGCACCGCUCGUCCCCAUCCGACACCGAGGGGGACGACUCGUCCCUGCUCUCAGCCAGCACCAGUGCCACGACCAUCGCCUCCGAAGGCGGCGGGGACACUCCCAGACCCUCCGGAGAGGGCAAACUGGCGAACCGCUUUGGGGGCGCCCAACAGGUCUCCCGCCCACCAGAGUCGACAGGGAUCACAGUCAAGACCGCCAACCGCACGCUGCACAUCGAAGUCCCCUCCCAACCACCAAGCCAGGAGGGCAGCAGCAGCAGCAGCAGCAGCAUCAGCGGCCAGCACCGCAACAAAGUCGAAGCCCUCCUCCUCGACAAAAUCGACCACCUAAAACAAGAGACCUCCUCCCUCCUAGAGCAACAAACCACCUCCACCAAGGAACUCGAAACCACCCUCUCCCGCCUCACCUCCCUCCACAACGACAAAUCCAAAGCCGAGCGCGAGCGCGACGCCGAGCGAGCCCGCACCACCACCCUCCUAUCCGACCUAGAAGCCGCCAAGCGCCAAUCCGACGACCUCCGGUCCCGCGCCGCGUCCACCGCCCAGUCCCUAGCCGACGCGCAGGACGAGCUGGACUCGGAGCGGGCACGCGCGCAGGACCUCGCCGCGCAGGCGGACGAGAAGACGCGCCUGCUGGACGAGCUGGGGUUGCGGGUCGGCGAGGCGGCGAGGACGCUGGUCGAGGUGCAGGGGGAGAGGGAUGGGUUGAAGAAGGCGCUGGCGGAGGCGGAGGAGGCGAGGGAUGGGUUUGAGGAGCGGCUGGGGGCGUUGGGGAGGGAGAAGACGGAUCGGGAGGAGUACUUCCUUGAGAGGAUUACGGGGGCGGAGAUGGCGGGGGAUGCGCUGAGGAUUCGGGUUGAUGCGCUUCUGGCGGAGGCGGCGGCGCAUGAGGUACGGUAUGCGGAGGUGGUUGCGGAUCUUGAGAAGGUGAGGGCGGAGUCGGAGCCGGUGGGGGAGAGGGUGAAGGUGCUGGAGGGGGAGAGGGAUGGGUUGGUGGGGGAGAAGGAGGAGUUGUUGAAGAGGGUGGAGGGCCUUGGGGAGGAGAACCAGGGAUUGAAGACCCAGGUUGAAGAACUCGAGGCCGACAAGACGACAUUGCAGGCUCAAGUCGAAGGUCUCGAAGGCGAUAAGAAGGAGCUGCAGGAUGAACUAUCUCGACUUGGGGAGGAAAAGGAGACACUCCAGGCCCGCAUCGACAGCCUCGAAGGAGAGAAGAAGGAGCUCGAGGAACGCUUGUCCGGCACCGAGGAAGAGAAGGGAUCCAUCCAAGCCCAAGUCGAGACCCUCGAGGAAGACAAGAACGGCCUCGAGGCCCGCGUGGAAACCCUCGAGGGCGAAAGCAGUGACCUGAAAUCCCAGCUGGAGGCCCUGCAAGGAGAGAAAGACGGCCUAAACACCCAGCUCGAGAGCGUCGCCGGCGAGAAGCAAGAGCUCCAAGAGCAGGUGGACAAGCUCAAAGCCGACGACGAAGGGACCACCAACCCGACAAUCGAGACCCUGGAAGCCGAGAAGGCGGAACAGCAGUCCCAGAUCACAGCACUCACCGCCGAGCGGGACGCCCUCCGGGAGGAAACCACAUCGCUGAAGACCCAGGUCUCAGACCAGGCCGCCGAAAUCACCCAGCUGAAAGACGACAUCACCGCCUCGGAAGCCGAGGUCGCCAAGCUGCAAUCCGAGACCCAGGAACUAGAAUCUGCCAACGCCCAGCUGAAGGCCGACCUCGCCGCGGCGGCCGAGCCGUCCGCAGCCUCGGCCGCCGCCGCCGCCGCCCUCGAGCAGCGGGUGGCCGAGCUCGAGGCGCACAACGUGCAGCUGGAGGGGCAGGCGUCGCGGGUGCCCAAGCUCGAGGAGCAGGUGGCCGCGCUGGUGGGCGAGAACGGCAGCCUCGCGGGCCGCCUGGGUGAGGCCAACGGGCGGGUGGCCGAGCUCGGGGCCGCGUGCCAGGCGUCGGCGGCGGAGGCCACGAGGCAGGGGGCGCGGGUGGCGAGGCUGAGGGCUAGGGUCGUCGUCACUGCUGCAGGGGAGGCGGGGCCUAGGAUCCGGGGGGGAGGAUCGGGGAGUGGGGGGCCUACGAGGGGGAAGAAGCAGACUGUUAGGGUGAGGCAGGAGCAGUUGGUUAUGGUCAGGAGCUCGGGGGAUAGGUCGACAUUGCAAGUUGUGAAGAAGCAUGACCUAAAGUCGGCGAGCCGAAGCCCCUCGCAGACCAGAUCUGAAGGGUAGAGAGGGACCUUGAUUGGAUUGACCAUGUUCUGGUCUUGAUCUGUCCCAGGGAAAGGAAAAGGGAAAUGAAGGAAAAUGGGAAGGGAAAAAAAAAGAUGAAAAAUCGUCGCUUUGUUUCAAAAUAGAUUUUGUUGUAUCCAAUACCUGUAUCUAGAGGCUACCUCAUGUAUUCCCGUUUUGGAUGGACAAUGCCAGUCGUUUUCCUACCCUUUGACCGU